AUGCCCAGGGACACAACUCCGAAAACUCAACCCUGGAAGGCCUUGUCGUCUUUGGCUGAAGACAAGAACCCCGACCUCAUGAAAAGAAAUCUCAAUUCUCAGGACAAUUGUUGUUCAAUGGGAACUUCAGUCAGCAAGCCAAAUGGCCGAAAAAUCGAAUAUAAGGGCUGGGCGGAGGACGAUUCCGCGAAGCAUACGGCCAAUUAA